UGUGCUAAAACGUGUUCAUAAUAACAGUUUUCCCUCUAUAACCAUCUAUAACGUAGGAAAUUAACUCGUGUCUGUCACGUAUGAUCUUAAAAGCAACGUUCAAAGAAUUCAUUCUUUAAUGAUUAUCUGGAGAUCAUAGUUUAGUAAUUUUCACAUACAUUGCGUGUUAUAUACGUUUUAUUUGUAUAAACAUAUACUGUUUUAUUGUUAAUACCAUGACAUACUUACACUCGUGGGAAGAAUUCGAAAAAGGUGCCGAAAGGUUAUAUCUGCAAGACCCAUUGAAUACUCGUUACACAAUGAAAUAUUGUCACAGUAAAGGAGUUUUAUGUCUAAAAUUAACUGACAAUCGACAGUGCCUCCAAUAUAGAACAGAAAUAGCUCAGGACUUAAAAAAGAUGGAAAAAUUUAUAGGCAACCUUAUGAGACAUAUGGCAUCGAAAGAUAGUUGAAUAAGCAAGAUUUAUAUAUAUAUAUAUAUAUAUAUAUGAAUUUCUUUUUUUACAUGAAAAGAAAGCAAAACUUAUUCCAUCUACGCAACUAAGAUUUUGUUAUCUCAUAAGAUUUAAUGAUUGUGCGAUCCACGGAUGUUAAUUUUGUUCAAGGUACAAAAGCUUUUUUAAAUAUACAAUAUGUGCAUAUAAAACUGUUUUAUUUUUCUUUCAUUUAAAGUUUCAUGAUUAUUUCGGAUGGCUCCGUUGCCUCCUCGUUAAAGUUCUGGAACAAAUGAAGUUAUCGUAUAAAUAAAAAAUUAAGUGAGAUCGCUUCCAAUAUUUAUAAUUUAUCGAAUUUUCUGACAUCUCAACAAAAUAUCGUUUCAAGUACACAUUACAUAUUGCAUUAGAUAUUAAUGAAGCCAGAUUUGUAUCAAAUCGAAAUUAAAUACUCGAGUAAAAAAGAAAGCACAAAGCGACGAAAAACAAGCACUUACGAGAUAAUGGGUUGAAGAACAGCAUCCAGAGUAGUGUCAACGUGAGGGUAGAUUUCUUGAUUUGAAGGCAGUUCAUAGCGUACCUCUCCCCCUAAUUGCAAUUGUGUCUAUACCAAACAAAACCAUUUUACUAAUCUACUAUUUUAGAAGGACAUUCCACAUUGAAUUAUUAUUUCGUGAAAAACGAAGCAAUGUGAUUGUCAGCAUGCAAUUUGAAAAUCAUGUUGUCGGAAAGGAUAUGCUCGUCUAGCGCAUAUGUCUUAGAAAUUUACAAAUAUAAUCGAAAGUCGAAAUUUAUAUAAAGAAGAUAAGUAGGAGACCUUAGCCAUAUUUAUUUGUAGAAGCAUUUAGCAAAUGUGUAGGAUAUUGAUGUGAUACUGCGUGUAUGUACGAUUAAUAUUUCGUAACUAUCUCCUAUUUUUGUAGUUUAUUACUUUUUUUUUUAAUAGCAACUACGGAUCUCAUAAUAAGGUAAGAUAAAAUGCGUCGACUUUAAUCAUUUGCAUAUAAUUAAUUAUCCAGGCAAAGUAAAAAGCGUUAUAUUCGUCUGACGAUUGGUUACCUUUAAAGAAAUAUUUACAAAAAAUAUUUAAUUGCGACACGCAUUUUUCCAUUGUAAUAAAUAAAGAUAAUCGAUAAUAAGAAAUACAAGCAAAUCGGAAUACGUACUACGUGGGUAGGCUUGCUGCUGUCGGCGGAGCUUGAGCAGCAACUUGAAAAAUCCUGCGGCGUACUCUCUCCAAGCCCACUGUCCGUAUUAUUGCCUAUAGCCGAUAGUAUUCUGUUGUUACGAGUAUAAUAAAAGUCCCUCCUCGUGCUACAUUCAUUUCGAGCGUCGGGAAACUUUGCUUCGACUCGACAGCUGCUGCUGGAUGUUGUUGACAGCAAGUUAUAACUUCCAUCACGAUUAUGUGGCACGACUCUUCUGUCUCUUUUGCCAACAGAUCCGACAGUUCUGAAAGUGAAUCCUUGACAGUCGUCUGGCACCUCAUUCGUUUUCAACAAUCACCCAGGUCUAUUGCAGAUUCCACACUUUUUCUCUCAGGAUUGAUGCGCAUUCUUUUCUCCUUCUUCCUCUUUUUUUUUCUUUUUGUGGAUACAAUUAACGUAUACAUAUACAUACACUGGCUAUGUUCUCAUGAUGCAUCACGCUUUAUCAAAUUCAAUAACCAUAGAUUCAAACAUAGACUCCGCUUAAUAUGCAUACGCUUCUCCGAGAAGAAUCGCGUUACGACGCAUUUUUAAAGCGCAAUCUCUCGAAAGUAUGAAGAGAUUCUAAAAAAAUGCACAAGAUGCGUCGGGGAUGUGUCAGAGGAUCAAGUGGGAUAUACGAGACAUGUCGUCAAGGAGAUUUGGAGACACCAGGUGUCCCAAGCCUCGAGUGCCGACAUCGUCCACCCUCCCGGAUACCAAUAUUUAUUACACAAACAUAUGGCGCAUACCAUAUAACGUACAUAAUGCAACAUGAAAUCAAAAACAUACAAACAAUAAUUACGACCCCAGAACGAAGGCGAUCGGCACGCAUCGCCCCUUUUGAAUUCCACGGAACAUACAGCCAAAAGCGAGUGAGUGCCAGCUAGGACGUAAAAAUAAACAAGGUGCGACAAGCAGUUAAUCUCACUUAUUUAUUAAAGGUUCGUCAUGCUUCUCAAAAUAAAUAAUAGGGGCAUGCUUAAAGUAGAUAAUAUACAUGCUCGAAAUAAAUAAAAAAUACAUGCAAAAGAUAUCGAGAGGAAUCGGGGGUGUGUGGGGGUGACUAAACAAUGACUACGGAUCCCGUCUCAUCCUCCAAUUGUGGAGGAUGGUUGUGGGCAUUGCAGACCGUCUUGAGAUCAUCGUACCUAGGUAGGGACGAUGAAUCUAUGUCGUCCAAUCGAGAAUUGUUAGUUUGUAACGGGGAUUGCUGUACAGAUUGCGACUGUACCACCGUGUAGGAUAUUUCCCGGCGUUGUUGCUCGCUCAUUCCACUAGUGUCGACUAGGCCAAAUUCCAAGUGUCUGAAAGAGUACGUUUUUUUUGUUUAUACCUUUCUUUUCACGAGAAAGAAUAUUUGUCAAUGUGAUUAAUAUUUGUUCAAAUAAAUAUUUCUAGUCUUUUGUUAAAAGGAUGAAUUUUUUUUUCAUGGAAAAUAUUGUGUGCUUUUUAGGCCAAAAUAAUCUGUGAAUUGUAUGGCUGCCUGUAAAAAUGAUAAAAUUUAAUUUAGCAUUUAAUAUGCAGUAUGUAUGUAUGUAUAUACUUUCGAAGUUCGUCCGGCAGUGGUUGUUUUUGAGAAGGACUUCGAUGUCUGCUUCUAUGUCUUCUUCUAGGCUCCGUAUGACUCACCUAGGAUAAUAUCGGUCCAAUGUUAUAACGUGAUUAAUUUCAGUACCUUAAUAACCUUAAUAAUAUAGUAUAUAAGUCCGACCACAACACUUACAAUAGCCUUUUGCACACCUUCUCCUUUUCGCUUCUGCACUUCUCUCCACUGUGGUUCUGAAUCUACCAAUUCGUGUCUACUGUAAACAGCAACAUAUCGGAUUCGGUCAGUAUCUAUUGAUCUAUUGUAUCAUACAAAAGCCAACAAAUAUGUAAACUAUUAUAAAUAAUAGUUUCAUUUAUGGCAGAAUAUAUGCAAAUAGUAACUUGAUAUCAAGAUUAAAUAGUAAUUUACAUUAAGAGUAAUUCAAUUUUCAAAAUAUUUCAAUUAAGUAAGAAUUGAAAAUUAAUAAAUAUAAUAGGUAAGUUUUGAUAUGCCUUGUUGUAUUAGAAUUAUCAGAUUCUAAGAGAUAGGGGAGCCAUUUUUAAUCGAAAAGUGUUAUUAACGGAGGUCAGCGAACUCUAUUGUUUGCGGGAACCAUAUCUCAUUAUCAUCAAAUUAUUUUAAUUACAUGGUAGUACUCAUAAGGGAUAUCCAGUGUUGAAUCUAUUUACGAGAGUACCUUACUUAUGCAACAAUGAUGGGAACGAGAUGUUAUCGUUAUGGGAAUGCGUGUAGCGUUUCAAGUUAAUAUAUAACUACAUACCUAGAAGAACGGGAGUUCCUAUGUUUCCUACGAUGCUUUCGGUGGCCGGAUCUCGUGUCUGAGCCCCUCGAAAGCUCAGACUCACAAUCGGAGUGUCUGCUGUGUCGACGGUGACUAUGACUAUGACUUCUUCUACGAUGACCACCACGACUAUGACUAUCUCCUGAACUUUGACUCUCCACUGAGCUGCUUCGACGUUGGAGUCUACUUAAGAGCUAUGUUAACAGAAAUAGUAUUUAUAAUCAUAUGGAGACAUGUGUGUAUAUAUAUAUGUAUGUGCUAAUUUU